AUGCUGGAGGAACAGCGGUACAAGGAGCUAGGACCUACGGUAGGUCCGCUGAUACAUCAUAACGACCCUCUCGCACAGUUCACGCCGUUUCAUCAGCUCACUCCCAGAACGAAAGCCAGGAUAGAUUUGAUUAUGGAACAAAGAGUUUCACGUGUUGUAUCUGUAUGCAAGUGCUCCUGCACGACAGAAAUAGAAGAAGAGAUAAGUACUUGUGAAGGCACUAGCGCGAGCACAACCUCAUCUCCGAAGUAAGUAACCUGAAUUCUUCCUGCUCUAAUCGCAACAAUCCUCAGAGUUACGCGAACUACAAGAAAAGGC